AUGCUCCGCCCCCAAGCUGUGGGCGGAGCAUUAUCCCAGCUCUGCUUUCAAGAGAAGCAGGCGAUGAAGUGCCUCAUCUACUGGUUUGCCAGGAAACGUCGACGUCAUGCCAUCGAAGCCAUCGGCGAAAUCAUCGAAGAAGGAGAUGAAGAGCGAGAAGUCCAGCCGGUCCGGAGACAAGAAGAAGAGGAGUCAUCGGAGGGAGAGCUACUCGGUCUACAUCUACCGUGUGCUCAAGCAGGUGCACCCAGACACCGGCGUGUCGUCGAAGGCGAUGUCGAUCAUGAAUUCGUUCGUGAACGACGUCUUCGAACGCAUCGCCGCUGA